AUGUUCAUUGGCUAUCUUUUUACAUCAAAACGACAAUUACAUCGUUUACCUCUUGUGGCUAAUCGAUCAUCCUAUGCACUUGUUACUGGUGCAUCAUCUGGUAUAGGUGCUCAAAUUUGUCGUCAUUUGAUUCGACAUGAUUUUAAUUUAAUUAUGGUCGCAAGAUCACAAACAAAACUUCGUGUAUUAGCAGAUGAACUUCGACAAAUCAAUGAUAAAAUUAAUAUUUAUAUAAUUAUUCAAGAUCUUACUGAAUUAAAUGCUGCAGAAAAUUUAAUCAAUAAAAUUGAUGCUUUAAACGAUGUCAAUAUUGAUAUACUUAUUAAUAAUGCUGGUCGCGGUUGCACAAAACCGUUUUUGCAAAUGUCAGCAAACGAUAAUGCAUAUGAACAAAUGAUUGCUCUUCAUGUACGUGUUCCUACUCUUCUUAUACGUCACUAUUUACCUAAAAUGCUCGAUAGACCCUCACGUAUAGUCAAUAUUUCAAGCGAAGCAUCUUACAUGUCAUCACCACGUGCUGCAAUUUAUGCUUCAACAAAAUCUUUUUUAACACAGUUAACUACAUCUCUUGAUUAUGAAAUAGAACAGAUCAAUGAUAAUAAUAAUAUUUCUCUUUUAUUAGUCACACCUGGACCAACAUUAAAUACAGAAUUUGAUCAUCACGAUGAAUCCAUCGUAUUUCGUCUUCCAUUUGUAACUUUAACAGCUGAACAAGUUGCUCAACAAGUUGUUGAUGCUUGUUUACGUGGUGAUCGCUUAUGUACACCCGGUUGGGCUAAUCAAUUAUCCAUAUGGUUAACGACAAAAGUACCACUGAGUUUUGAAAAUCUUGUUUGUUGGCUUCUUUGGGCAUCGUGGCCUGAACUUAAACAAUGGCUAUAUGAACGACGUCAUUUAGUCAUUGUUUGCUUUAAUCUAAUGGAUAAAAUUAUUGAAAAUCUUAAAAAGCAAUUAGAAAAACCCAAAAUGACAACAGAAGAAGAUGAACUUGCUUUAUUUACAAAAUAUUUGAAAGAAGAGCAUGACGUAUCUCAUCAUGGUAUAACAACGACACCAAAUAAAAAAUCGAAUAUACAUAAAGAUGGAACAACAGUACAUUUGCAACAUCAUAUGUCAAAAAUACCAAAAUUUUAUGAACAUAUUCCCACUGAUCCACUUGGUAAAAAAUUGCGUGAAGAAGCCCGAGCUUUAUUUCUUCAUCGAAAAAGUCAAGAAAUCAUUAGUAGUGAUGAAGCAAAUUCAUUAUUGACAUUAUUAGAAGAAAACGCUUCACCUCCACUUGAUCCUGAAUCACCAAAAAUUAAUUAUGAUGAUUUUAUGCGAGUCGUUCAAAAAGCAAGUUCAGCUAUUGCUAAUCUUUUUCCACCAACAAUUUUUGCUGAUCUUUAUCAAAGUGAUCCUUAUGGUCGUGUACGUAUACUUGAUUUAUAUCAAUAUACAAUGCGUAAAAUGUGGUAUCAUCAUUCUCGUAUGGGUUUAUCACUUUAUGAUAGCAUUGGUCAAGGAUAUCUUCGAGAAUCUGAUUUAGAAGAUUAUAUAUAUGAAUUAAUUCCAACAAUGCAUCAAUUAUCACAAUUACAAGAAACUUUUUAUAAAUUUUAUGUUUGUACAGCAGUACGAAAAUUUUUUUUCUUUCUUGAUCCAUUACGUACAGGACGUAUUGCUAUACCAGACAUACUAUGUAGUGGCUACCUUGAUAAAUUACUUGAAUUACGUGAAGAAGAUGCUGACGUAGAUGAUCUUGAACAAAAUUGGUUUUCAUGUCAAUCAGCUUCAAAAAUUUAUACACGUUAUUUACAGCUUGAUAAAGAUCAUAAUGGUUUAUUAUCACGAGAUGAAUUAGCCAAAUAUAAUUCAAGUACAUUAACACCUGUAUUUAUUACACGUGUUUUUCAAGAAUGUUUAACAUAUGGUGGUGAAAUGGAUUAUAAAUCAUAUUUAGAUUUUGUUCUUGCACUUGAAAAUCGAAAUUCACCACAAGGACUUCGUUAUCUUUUUCAAAUAAUGGAUAUCGAUAAUAAAGGUUAUUUACAUCCGGGUGAUUUGAAUUUUUUUUAUCGAGGAAUGAUUCAAAUGUUAUCCACACGACCACUAACUGAUAUACCACCAUUUAAUAAUGUUCAGAAUGAAAUAUUUGAUAUGGUUAAACCUGUUGAUUCAAUGGGUAUUACAUUAAAAGAUCUUAUUAAUUGUGGUCAAGGAGGUUUAGUACUUUCAAUUCUUAUUGAUAUUGGUAGUUUUUGGACUUACGAAAAUCGUGAAAGUCUUAUACCACAACAAGCACCAACAAAAGAUGAUUCAAUUCAUGUCUGA